AUGCAAACCUUACAACUCCUCUUUAUCCUGCCAUUCGUUCAAUAUAUCGCAUCUUCACCCCUUCCUAACAAACCAAUCGGACAUGCCUGCUCUCAUAGCCAUUACCGUAACCACCCCCGUUCGGCUGAUUCGUCCCCUCAAUUCGAUGAUCCUCCGAUCUUCGGCCCUGGCCUGGGAGACUUCUGCGAUCCUCCAACUACGAUAACAGUCACUGUUCCUGGCCCCGCUGUCACAGAAGGAGCUCAACUAGAACCCGUCACCUUGACAGUAACUGUCACGGCUAAGGGUGUUGACACCGGCCUUCUAGACGGAAUAUUCGGCCCGAUCAAUAUUAGUCAAAGCGUCAAACCCAAGAAAGCCAUUACAGUAACAACUAGAACCAGCACUGUUGCGCCCCCCGAGAGCACUGAGACGGCGACUGUGCGAGUCACGGGAUCCGAGGUCACGGUUACUGGGGAGACGAAUGAGGUUACGGUCACGGUUUCGGCAAAGAAUGCUGAAGGUGUUCCGAGCACAAUCACUUCCCACCCGACAUCUACUGUCGCGGUGGGGGAUGUGGCUAAUGCUAGAGAAUCUAUGCCAACACUUAGCAGAAAUAGAGAAGAGGAAGCCGCCAAAUCCGGGGGAGGAAAUUUCGCAGACUCCUAUUCCAUCUAUCCCUUCACACAGAAGCUUCGUCCACUUUGGCGGCAUGAGAGCACAAGCCCCAAAACCAACUGCAGAACCCCCUCAAGCCCUGAACAUCAACCCAGAAGAGACGCCGAUACCAUCACCCCUCUUACCCCAACCAAUAACGUACUUGAAUGUCUCUACUUCAACCGAAAAACGUGCUUCUGCUCCAACCUCCAUUGCCGCGACACCCACGGGGCUAGGCUCUCCUACCACAACUUCUACUCGGGAUAGCAGCACCAGAGAGUUCUCAAAGAUAAGCAGUUCUGCACCAGCUGAGCCCUCCAUCAACACAUUCGGCAAGGUGGAGGAUCUCAAGUCUCACGAGGAUAUCGUUUCCCUAGCGGCAGAAUUGGGAAUUGAGCAAGUGCACUGCCCCAGUCGAUUCAUUCCCAAUUACGCUCCCAAGAAGACUGCGAUGUAAGCCCCACCGGCAGCAAAUACGGCGAGUAGGUGGCAGACAAGGGAAA